AAGGUGGAAGUAGGCAUUGUUAUAUAAUCUUGUUUUGAUAUCUUUUGCAAUACAUCAGUGAUAUAUCACUGUUAACAUGGUGUCAGCCAUGUUGUGACGCUGGACUGAAAGUGAUGCAGAGGAACCUCAGUCACAACUUCACAACUAUUUGCCUCAUUUGUAUUUAUCAUUUGAGCAGUUGAGGGAAAAUGUUCACAUUGAUUAUGUCCGAUGUAAAUGCUGUUUCGUGUGAUGCACUUUUAAAUGUUUGUAUGACCAUCCUAUGUGUAGUCACAGACCUCUCCAUUCAUUUAAAUUGGAUCCUUCUUUCUUUGCCUCAAAUAACUACCUGGGCCAUUACGAAGAUGUCAAAUAUACACACUCUCAGUUCGACGAGAGCUAAGGAAGAAGCAAAAAUGUCUGCACCUUCUAAAGGAAAAAUUUUAAACAAGUCUAAAAUCACUAAUAACAGAGUUGGAAAAGAUAUUUCAAGUGAAAUAAAUGUCCCAGCAAAUCAAGAGAAUCUGCCUGAUAUAGAAAAUGCUUCAGUCAUUGAACAAAAUCAGGUGGAUGGGAGCAUCAAGAAUGACGUGAAUUACCUUGAUACUGCCAAGAAGUGACAAAUCAACCUCCUAGGUCCUGAGACCUAACUCCUUGUUUAAUACAAAUGUGAAUAUUGUUUUGUGGUUGUCAAAUAGGUUAUUUUUAUAUUAUCAUAUCAUUGUGUUAUUAUCAAAAUAAGAAUGUGAAAUAAAAACUACAAAUACCUGAAAUGUUGUUUGCUUCUUCACUCACAUAAUAAUCAGUUAGUUUGUAGCUAAUAUAUAAUCAAUCAUUAAUCAUUAACAGUUUUUUAUGUUAAAAAGUGAAAUAAAACAAACGUCUUUAUCCUUUCCCGAUCACACAUGAUGCAAAAAGGCUUUAUUAAUAUCAUACUAAAGAAUUGUUUAAUCUGACCUGACAUAACAGUGACUCAUAUGAUCUAACCUGACAUAUCGGCACAGUCAGUGUAACAGUCACAGGAGCCUUCUCUCUCACGCAUCACACAACCAACACCAUAUUUAAAAGACGUUUACCCUUCAAAGUAAAGCCAAACAUCUAACGUUCCUCUGUUCUAUUCCGGCGUGCACUGUACAUCGAUUCGUUCCUUGUUGUGCCUUCCUGGAGACUGCACUGAACCAUGGCUGGACAACAACAUUCUCAGGGAUACACGUUCAAUAUAUCAGCAAAGAAUAGAGAAAUUGUUAACCAUCCUAUCAUUAUUGGCAACAGAGUAGGGAGUGAUAUUCAAUGUCCAAUGAACAUUACUGAACCAUUAGGUGAUCAACAAAUAACACAUGCACCCCAAGUCAUCGAUAACCAAGUUAAAGGCACCAUCAACACUGACGUAACUUAUAGUGAAGGGGCCAGACCUCAGUGAGCAAGGCUUUGCCUCUCUUCCCAGAUGAAAUGCUACCCCAAGAACUCAAUUUUUUAUUUUAUUUUUUUGCAUUUGUUUGGUCUACUUUGAUCCUGUUAAGCUCCCUGUGUAUAUUUUUUUGCUUUAUUUGUUGUAGAUAUAAUUGUAUAAAGGGGCAAAAAAACAUGUUAAUAUCUGUUUUAGGCUAUCUCAUGAUUUCCAAAGUCUUGAGAUAAGUCUGAAUUAAAGCCUCAUUGACUGUAUUUCAAUACAAUACAGGCCUACACCUUGAGUCGACAUAAUGCAGUAAUUGACAUCAAUCUUUCCAUUUAUAUAACUGGAACUAUGACAUCUGUAACAAGGGGUUUUGUAUUUAUUCCAAAUAUUAGCUUACACUUAUAAAUAAAUAAUAAAUGUUAAAAGUUACUAACCUGUGUCAUAUUGUGUGUUCCUUAUUCAGUCAACCAAUAGGAGCGUGGUUCUCAGCAGUGGUUCUCCACAGGGGGAGCUCAGGGUCAACUAAGGGGCCUUAGGGAGGUCAAAGGUAUUUCUAGGCCAGGUCCUGCCAGCUACAAAAAGGGCAAUGUGGAGAAUAAAACACAGGUGUUGUUGAUCUCUUUAGCCUACUAUUUCUUUAAACCACACCGACUGUUUGAUGUCAUACAAAAAUGAAGGUGAUAAACUUAAUGAAGGCAUAUGACCUGUGUAGCUACCAAAGAAUAUAAGGUCCAUAAGCAUAGGCCUAGAUUAAUGGACAAUAUUCUAUUGAAUACAUUCAAAUUGUGUGACAGGUUUUUCCAAAUCGCCCUCAUAAUGAGCUUGACUUUGGAUGUGACUGCGCUUCUACAAAGACAUUGAUAAGGUCUUAUCCUCUGAUGAAUCUUGAGAUUAUUUCCCAGCAGUAUGCAAGUCAUUUAAUGUUUUUCCUCAUAGACCCCCUCAAUGUUAUCACCCAGAGCCUAUAGGUUGGGUGCGCGCGCAGCAUUGGGUCAGAAAAAUGGCACAGCUAAUAGACCGGCAUGUUGAGCUGUCAAGAUAUGCACUCAUUGUUGCCAAAUGGCCACAAACCGUAUACCUUAAUAAAUUAGUCUCAACUAAUGUAGGCAGCCGUGGCCCACUGGUUAGCACUCCAGACCUGUAACCAGAGGGUUGCCGGUACGGGCCCCAACCAGUGAGAACGGCUGAAGUGCCCUUGAGCAAGGCACCUAACCUCACUGCUCUCCGAGUGGGCUGUUGUCAGCUGCCUGCGCCGGGAUUGGUGUGUGCUUCACCUCACUGUGUGUUCACUGUGUGCUGAGUGUGUUUCACUAAUUUACAGAUUGGGAAAAAUGCAGAGACUAAAUUGCCCUCACGGGAUCAAAAACAGUAUUUAUACUUAUAUUGAUUGUCUGCCUGAUCCUGAGCUGAUAACAGAAUAGACGACAUUAGCAAGUGGCCAGAGAUUCAUUAGCCCAACAUAUACAGCUAUCUGGUUGACAACCCCAGCGUGUGUACAUGUAAAAAAAUAGUAGGCCUACAAGUAAGCAUUUUUCUUGAUGUUUUCUUGAUGUUUCAGUCAAUUCACACACACACAAUUCAAGGGGAUGGAAAUCUUUCUGACCACAACAACAUGCACUCACCUUUUCUAUGACGUGGGCCAUGAAGGGGUCUAAAGCGUACACUGGUCAAUGAGCUGAGAUUUCAGACACAAGCUUUCUACUCAGCAUUUGUGAGGGUUUCUCUAUCUACAUGACCUGAUGGCUGAUGAAGGAAACAUUUCCCACAUGUAGGCCUAUUAUUCCUUUUACAGUAAUGGCAAUGUCAUAAUUGGGCUUACCACACCUUAAAACAUAGGCUGUAAACAUUGGCUGUACUUAUCCAAAAUGUUCACAAAAGGAUUUAAAUGAAAGCUCAGAGUCUCCCCUUUAACAUGAUACCAAACAUAACAAAAUAAUAUAUUCCAAUAUGUCCAAUAUAGAUUUUCAGCUAUGUCAGUGUAGUGCUUGAUUUAUAUGCAUUAUUUUCUCAACCUUAGUUUACAUUAUGUGUGAUAACUCAAAACAGCUACUCUUGUCAGAUGGCCAUCAUACAUCAUUGAAAAGCUGAGAUUCUAGGCUUUCAGAAAAGGUAUGGUAGCUUUUGCCACUAUUUCGGUAACGACCAACCCCUCUGGCUCACAGACUAUAUGGCUUUUUUAGACAAACUUCUGAUAGGCCUAUCUCCUCAAGAUAUGAAUUAAAGACUUCCCACUCUGACAGCAGAGGUAGGCUAAUAUCAUCAGCUAGUCUUUCAGUGUAGGCCUACAGUGCUAACCUGUAGGGCCUAAUGAACAUUGAACUGUGAUUUAAUGGGGUCAGUCUUUAAACAAGAAAGAAUAGUGUAAGGCUAUUCUAAUGUUUUUCUUUAAUGCCUACAUGGAUGACACCAUGGCUACACUAUCAUAAAUUACAUAGAGUAAAUAAAUCUUACCAUUAAAACAUUACACAUUCACUGGAAUCUAUAACUUGAACUUCUUCUCAUGUACAAUGGGCGUGUCAAACAUAGGCCUACGCAGCUAGAGGGGGAGGAGAAAUCAGCGGAAGAGGAAAACCGCCAUCUUCGUGAGGUCUUCAUUCGUGAUGCCGAGACACUGUUCUGCUGGUGGCUGCAAGUCCCGUGACACCAGAGACUCCCGGAAGGCUGGCAUCACUUUCCACAGGUUACCCAAAAGGGAAAACCCCCGACGGGCCCUUUGGAUCCUCAACUCCAGACGCACAGACCCGCAGGGACAAGGCCAGUGGGACCCCCAGAGUGACUUCAUCUACUUUUGCUCCAAGCACUUCACCAAAGACAGCUUUGAGCUCUCGGGAGUCAGUGGUUAUCGGAGGUUGAAAGAUGACGCAUUGCCCACAGUCUUUGAGUCCUCUGCACCGAAGGGAAGAGCCACAAAAAGGACCACGCGAGGCAGGGGAAAGCAAGCAGACACGGGCAAACCUGCCAGCACAAAAGCCAGGUCUUCCAAGGAAGCUUCAGGCAAACAGGAAUCCCAGCAGACAGCCACAGAUUCUGAGAAUGUGACUGGUGGAGAAGCAAGCCACACAUCAGAGGCAGCCAAUGGAGAGAAUGCAGACAACCAAGAGGGGGCGGACACAGGGUCUUCCUCUCAGGCGUCAUCAGAAAUCCCCGUCACCCCUCAGCAGACCCACCAAUCAGCAUGCGACACCGUGUCCGAUCCUGUGCAGCAGCCCUCAUCUCCCAGGCCUCCCUCCCCGUCCCGCUACAUGAGGCGGCUUCCUCCUCCGCCAGGCUUCUACCUGCCCAGAGAACACAGCUACGCUCAGCUCUGCCCCCUGGUGUGGCGGAAGCGCUACGACAGGGCCAUCGACAACCUGGAGAAGGCGCUCCGCUUGCUGAGCGCCGCACGCCGGCGGGAGAACCGGCUGCGCCACGCGCUCAUGCGCCUGCAGGAGAGCCGGCUCAAGAGCACGCUGUCCCGCCUGCGGGAGGGGGGAGGGGGAGGUGGGGGACGCGGGAAAGAGAGCCGUGGGGCCCGGGGGAGACCCCCGUUCUGGUCCACCCAGCGUGGAGGUGGAGGAGGAGGAGGAGGUGCUGAGAGGAGAGCCAGUUUUGGGAGUAUGGAGGACAGCGAGGCGGAGGGGGCGGCAGAGGAGCUGGAAGAGGGCAGUGGAGAGAGGGAGGAGGACGACGGGGGGUGCUGUUUUUACUGCGGACGAGGGAGGGACGACGAGACGAGGGCCCCGAGAACUGCGGAGGGAGACAGAGGGCUGGACGAGCGCGACGCCGAGGCUCGGCGAAGGAGGCAAGUCGCCAAGCGAGGCCGAGCUCGAAAACCCGCGGAGACCAGGAGCGACGCCAUCAGGGACGCUCCCAAAGAGUGCUUCCUCUACUACUACCAGACCUCAGAGAAGGAGGACGACGAUGUGCAGGUCGUGACCCUGGGGCUUCCCGAGGGCAACAAAGCGGGGGGGCAUACGUUGGACAUCACGACAGCAGCGUCCCGACCGCUCCCCGUCGCCGUUCCCGCGCCGGCCGAGGUGAGCUGCGUGCAGGUGCACGCGCUGGCGGGCGGCGCUUUCCCCGCCGACACACUACAGGACUCGCCAACGCUCCAGCUCCUCCAAUCCAGCGCCUCCUCCGCUCCACAGGGGCUGCUGCUCGCCGACCUGGUGCCCAGCGAGGGUGGCGCGACGCUGGUGGAAGGACAGCAGGAGUAUUGGGUGCAGCACGCGGCGGACGGCAGCGUGGUGCUGCUUCCGGUAUCUUCCGCCGAGGACGGCGGCACGGCCUCAACGCUCAAGGGUCUUAACGAGGACGUGGAGACCCAGAUGAUAUUUGUGUCAGACGUGGGGUUUCACAGGGAGGGGAUAAGGGUGGAGGGUGACACUAUUGGCCUAAGGGCUAGUGACAGACAGGGCAGCCUCCAAUCAAAUGUCAAAGGUGCGGUUCUAAGUGGAGACGUGAAGGAGAAGUUAAAAGAACAUUUAGAGGGAUUUCAGCUUCAGUUAAGCAAUGAAUUCAGUGACUAAAACAUUUGUAGACAAAGAUAUCUGUGGAUGUCUAUAGAGGUACUAUUAUUAUUUUAUUUUUUUUGUAGACUGUAUAAUUGAUAGAUUUAUGACCUUAAUGACACGGUUUGAGAGGAAAACCACAGCCGAGGGACUUUGAAGAACCACUGUUUGUGUUCCAAAACGUGAAUUUCACUGAGUUGGUGCCUUUCAUGAGAACUGUUUGGGACUGUGAAUUUCACAAUAUUUUGUGGUUAUUGCAUACAUACAAAUGGUUAUUGUAGCCAUUUCUUACACAAACAUUAAAUGUGUUUUUAUUUGCCUCAAAGGUCAAAGUUCAA